CUUCUUUUAAGCGAAGGGGAGAGAGAGAGAGAGCCCCGCAGGUUACUUGCGCGGAAUCCCGAUCCGGAGCAUGGGGACUGGUGGUGACUUUGCGCGGCGCUUGUGUUUGACUCUGGCGAUCUUCCACCUUGACAGGUUUGCCGGCGGCAACGGGGUGCCAGAUGCCGAUGAAUGUACAGAAGGGACAGAUGACUGCCACAUUGAUGCAAUUUGUCAGAACACACCUAAAUCAUUCAAAUGCAUUUGCAAGCCAGGUUAUAAGGGAGAAGGAAAACAGUGUGAAGACAUUGAUGAAUGUGAAAAUGACUUCUACAAUGGCGGCUGUGUACAUGAAUGCAUCAAUAUUCCAGGGAACUACAGAUGUAUGUGUUAUGAUGGCUUCAUGUUGGCUGAAGAUGGACACAACUGUCUUGAUGUUGAUGAAUGUUUGGAUAACAACGGUGGCUGCCAACAGAUUUGUGUCAAUACUAUGGGAAGCUAUGAAUGCCAAUGUAAAGAAGGAUUUUUCCUAAGCGAUAACCAACACACCUGUAUCCAUCGUUCUAAUGAGGGUAUGAACUGCAUGAACAAAGAUCAUGGGUGUGAACAUAUCUGCCGGGAGACACCCAAAGGUGGGGUUGCCUGUGAAUGUAGGCCUGGCUUUGAACUUGCCAAAAACCAGAAGGAUUGCAAAUUAACCUGUAACUAUGGAAAUGGAGGCUGCCAACACACGUGUGAUGACACAGAUAGUGGUCCUGUGUGCGGUUGUCAUCAGAAAUAUGCACUGCAUUCAGAUGGCCGAACAUGCAUUGAGAAGGAUGAGGCUGCAAUUGAGAGCUCUGAGUUCAAUGCCACGUCAGUAGCUGAUGUGGACAAGCGGGUGAAACGGCGGCUACUUAUGGAAACAUGUGCUGUUAAUAACGGAGGCUGUGACCGGACUUGCAAGGAUACAGCCACAGGAGUCCGCUGCAGUUGCCCAGUUGGAUUUACCUUGCAGCCUGAUGGGAAAACAUGCAAAGAUAUAGAUGAAUGUCUGAUGAACAAUGGAGGCUGCGAUCACUUCUGCAGGAACACAGUGGGAAGCUUUGAAUGCAGCUGCCAAAAGGGCUACAAAUUACUAACGGAUGAAAGGACCUGCCAAGAUAUAGACGAAUGUUCAUUUGAAAGGACCUGUGACCAUACCUGCAUCAAUUAUCCAGGAAGUUUUGAAUGCUUAUGUCACAACGGUUACACGUUAUAUGGAAUGACACAUUGUGGAGAUGUAGAUGAAUGUAGCAUCAACAAUGGAAGCUGUGAUUCUGGAUGCCUUAAUACUGUGGGAACUUAUGAAUGUUUAUGUCCACCUGGGAGAAAAUUACACUGGAAUAAAAAAGAUUGUGUUGAGAUGGUGAAAUGUUUGCCUGGUGCCAAUCCAGUUCCCAAAGCUCAGUUGCUCUGUAGCAAAUCAGGAGGAAUUGAGAACUGUUUCUUAUUCUGUCCAUCCAACACCCUUUUCGUUCCAGACUCAGAAAAUAGCUAUUCAGUAAGCUGUGGAGUGCCAGUACAACAGGGCAAGUCACAACAAAAACGCAACAGUACACUUCCAGGUUGUAUGGACAUCUUAAUGCCACCCAUCAAACAGAAGGCUCGCUUUAAAAUUAAAGAUGCCAAGUGUCACUUAAGGCCUCGCAACAAAGAGAAGAUUAAGGAAGUUGGAAAGCAGCAAACUCUUCUAGGAGGUCAGUUCCCCUGUGCAGACAAUUGCCACAUAACUUUUGUAAAUCUCAAAUGUGAUUCCUCUAAGAAAAAACGCCGUGGGCGAAAAUCUCCAUCAAAAGAAGUAUCCCAUAUCACGGCUGAGUUUGAAAUGGAGAUGAAGUCUGAAGAAGUCUCAGACACUUGCAAUGUUGACUGUUUGAGAAAAAGGAUGGAACAGAAACUACAAACAGCUAUCAAAACCUUGAGAAAAUCUAUUAACAAGCAGCAAUUUUACAUUCAGUUUUCUGGGACAGAGUACGAAGUAGCUCAAAAGACAGCUAAAAUUGCCAGCGAAGGACAUUCCUGCAGUACUGGGCAAGUGCAGCAAGAUGGAAAAUGUGUUACCUGCAGCGUUGGCACCUAUUAUAGUGGAGAACAGAAUCAAUGCAUCCCUUGCUCGCCAGGGACAUAUCAAGACACAGAAGGUCAGCUCUCCUGUGAACCUUGUCCAGGGAAUGAUGGGCAAGGCAUUGCAGGUGCCCGAAGUGUGUUAGAAUGUGGAGGGCAGUGUUCUCCUGGGCAGUUUUCUUUUGAUGGUUUUAAACCUUGCAGACUGUGUCCACUUGGCACUUACCAGUCUGAACCAGGAAGGACUCUCUGUUUCCCCUGUGGUGGACAGCUGGGGACAAAAUAUGAGGGCGCCGUUUCAUUUCAAGACUGCGAAACUAAAGUUCAUUGUUCUCCUGGCCAUUACUACAACUCUACAACCCACAGAUGUAUCAGAUGUCCUGUUGGAACCUACCAGCCUGAAUUUGGCCAAAAUUAUUGCAUCACUUGCCCUGGAAAUACGAGCACAGAUUUUGAUGGUUCCACUAACGUUACACACUGUAAAAAUCAACAAUGUGGUGGAGAACUUGGAGACUAUACAGGGUACAUCGAAUCCCCCAACUAUCCAGGAGAUUACCCAGCCAAUGUUGAAUGCACUUGGAAUAUAAGCCCACCUCCAAAGAGACGAAUCCUCAUUGUAGUUCCAGAAAUCUUUCUCCCAAUUGAAGAUGAGUGUGGUGAUGUUUUAGUAAUGAGAAAAAGUGCUUCACCUACAUCAAUUACUACCUAUGAAACCUGCCAAACCUAUGAGAGACCCAUAGCAUUCACCUCCCGGUCACGGAAAUUGUGGAUUCAGUUCAAAUCAAAUGAAGGAAACAGUGGCAAAGGAUUUCAAGUUCCCUAUGUAACAUACGACGAGGACUAUCAGCAGUUAAUAGAAGACAUUGUUCGUGAUGGACGUUUAUACGCUUCAGAAAAUCACCAAGAAAUUUUAAAAGACAAGAAAUUGAUUAAAGCCCUUUUUGAUGUAUUGGCACAUCCUCAAAACUAUUUCAAGUACACAGCACAAGAAUCGAAGGAGAUGUUUCCAAGAUCGUUUAUAAAGCUAUUGCGAUCAAAAGUUUCCAGAUUUCUACGACCAUACAAAUAGCUUCUAGUGCUUUUUUUUCAGGAGUUUUUUGUUUUAUUUUUGGUUCUUUCGCAUUCCUGUCAAAUAUUGUAUUGGGUUUGACUGUAGAAACAUUUUCCUGAUUUUAAGAUUUCCUGCCCACCUUUAUCUUAAAUUGUAUAUUGAAGAAUAACUAUUGUUUUAUAAUCUCCAAUUUUUGAUGGGAUUUUUUUUUUCACCUCAAAGAAAAGUAACUUGGAAUUCCAGAGAACACGACUCUAUUUUCAGUUUAUCAUCGAGAAGCGUUUGUUUUAGAAAAGGAACCUUGUUGAUCUACCACAUAAAGAAGAAACCUGUUCGUCUUUUUUUGAAGAAACUACCUGCAAAGAAGAAUUAUUGAUAGAAAAAAGUAUGUAGUAUAAAGGAUACUUGGAUUUUGAAUUGCACUUGAACUUUAUAUGUGAAAUCUAAACUUCAUUGUUUUCCUUUUGGUGGUUUUAUGGAGACUUUUUUUUAUAAACCAAAAAGAAGCUGGGGAUAAAAUAUAGUUGCCUUAACUUUUGUUUAAUGGGUUAGGCAAGAAUAACCCUACAAUCCAUAGAUUUCUUGCUUCCCAAUAUAACAUUUUUUAAGUCUAUUUUGAAAAUGGAAUGCAAUGGUUGAAUUAGAUACAGAAUUGGUUUCUCUGCUAAAUUUUAUACCAAGAAGGAAGAGUCUUAAGGGGGGGACACUAGUAGCUAGUUUUCUUCCUCUUGAUUGAAUAUCUAAAUAUGUACAAAAUCUAACAGGCAUCUGUUUGUGAAUACCAGGGCAACAGAAAUAUCAUUCAUAUAAUAAUGUUUUUCAGAGGAAUAAACCACAGUUCAGAUGCUUGGUACUAGGUGUGAUGAAAUGAGGAGAGAAAUUCUUUCUCUCCCUCCCUCCUUCCCUCCCUCUCUCUCUCUCUCUUUCCCUCUGUCUCUCUCCCUCCCUCCCUCUCUCACUCUGCAAAAGACUAGGGUUUUUUACACCUUGGGAAAGAUAAAUUAUUUUGUCCUUUCAUGUGUACAUUCAUUGGUUGACCGUUUAUAAUCCUUGCUCAAUUUGAUCUGCUUAUCAUAAUUGCUUUUAUUAUGAAUCCCUGAGUUCUGGAGGAGAAAUACAUUAUUCUACUCUACUUCUUGGCAUCAAAGCUGACUUCAAUAUCUGCUGUUGUUGGCAUGGGAAACUCCAAGAAUGGGCAGGGAGUUUUAACAUGAUUUGAUCAGGGAAGAAAAUUGGCAAGAAUUAAAGAUCCCAAAUUCUCUUCCAUGUCCAUAAAAUUAGGACAAUGAUUAAAUUAGCCAUAAAAGUAGUCUUACUUUCUUCCAUCCUACUAGAUGUUGUAAUCAAAACGUUUUCAGUAAUAAAUCAGCAGGCAAAAAUUGGCAGGAAGAACAGAAUUAUUCUUCCACAUGUAAACCAGUAAAAUUUAAAAUUAAUUUAACUUUUAAAAACAGGGCUGUCUUAAUGCAUAGGCCUGAUGGGCACUUGCCCAUGGGCCCCACGAGCAUAGGGGCCCCAUAUUAAUCUGUGUAUGUUAACCCUUCAACGCACCUUGUAUCAUAUAAAUACAGAAACAUAUUUAUUAUAUUUUUAUUGAUACUAACAUAUGUUUAAUUUUAUCAACCAUUUACAUUUUUAUUCCAGUGAGUAGUUGUCGUAGGGGCCCUAGUACAUUGCUUUGCCCGGGACCCAUAAUGCUGUUAAGACGGCCCUGCUCUGACAUAGAUUUAGGAGUACUGAGAAACUACUCCUAACACAAAACACAGUAAUUUCUUUCAAAUAGCAUUCUGCUUUAAAAGAUAAAAAAUAUACAGAAGCAAAGAAAAAAAAUUAUUGUCCAUUUUCUAGUAUUAUCACAGCUACAUAGAUUUGCUGCUUUUUUAUUCUUGGCCUCAUAAUUCACAGCAGUUCUUCCUGGUUCCGGCAUGCACAUGCGCGCCAGCCAGAUGGUCUUCACGAGCGGUGAAGUGCCGGAAACCAGAAGGACAGCUCCCUGGCUCGCAUGCCAGCUGGUCUUCACACGUACAUGCGUGCCAGAAACCGCAAAACCAGGUGACUGGCACAUGCUGCAAACCAGAAGCUCAGCUUCCCGGUGUGACCCAGCGGACCAGGAAACUGCUCUUCCAGUUUCUGGCGCUCCUGCACACGUGCGCUGGGCAGCUGCUCUUCUGUGCCGAAAAGGUUCGCCAACACUGUCCUAGGCUGUAGGUUGAGAAAUUAAGAAAUGUUCUGAAACAAGUGUUGCCAUAAGAAUUUGUAAAUAUAUCCAUGAAGUUACUUUAAGAAGCUAAGCACACUUGAGGAUAACUUUAACCUCGGUAAGUUAUUUGUUCCAUGCAAUAUUGACCAAAUAUAAGAUUUUAUUUUUCAUCAUCUGCAUGUCAUCCCCCUUGAAGAACUUCUAACUUUAUUCUCUCGAGACUCCUGGGUGGUAGGUUAAGUUGAUAGUUGCUCAGCCUAAUAAUGUAGCAAGUGUGGCAGAAUAGCUAAAUAGCGCUCUAAUGCCAAGUAAAGAUCAAAUGCAGGUACUGUCUGGAGAAAACCUCAACUCAAGUGUGAUAAAGAAACAAUUGUAAUUCCAAUUUGACUGACUUCAAAUGAACAUCUGUACAUCUUUUUAAUUUCAUGUGAACCUAAGUGAAUUCUGAGGAUAAGAAUACUAACGAAUGAUGAAAAUACUUCUUUACAAAUAAUACCCCUUAGAAUGCUUUGUAAAACCCUCUUCCACCAAUGGAAAAUAGCAAUAGAACUUAGACUUAUAUACCGCUUCAUAGUGCUUUUAUAGUCCUCUCUAAGUGGUUUACAGAGUCAGCUUAUUGCCCCAACAAUCUGGGUCCUCAUUUUACCGACCUCAAAAAGAUGGAAGGCUGAGUUAACCUUGAGCCGCUCAGAAUUGAACUCUUGGAGUGAGCUGUGAGUUAGCCCUACACAAUGUAGAAUUUUUAUUAGUGUUACACCAAGGUAUUUUACCUUUUUUACAAUCUUAAAUCCAGUUUUGUUUUCCAGUUUUCUUCAAUCUUCCCUUUGAUCUUCCCUCUUUCCCUUUCUGAAUCUCACAUGGUUCCAUCAAUUCUCCAUUGACCAUAAUCUCGGCCUUCUGUGGUAUAUAAAUAGAGUUCAGUCUUUGUAUAAAACUCAGUCUGAAGUCCAUAUUCUCAACUACUUUAAACAUAAAAUCCCAAUUCAGAUUAUCAAAAGCUUUUUUCUGCAACUAAAAAAAUGUACAGCCUAUUUGUUAUUGCAUUGUUGUAAAUAUUCAAUUAUAUACUGGAUGAUUCUUACAUUGUCCUUUAGUUGUCUAUUAGGUAAUAAAUCACACUGAUGAUCUUCAUGGACAUCGUCUUGUAAAACUUUUUUAGUCUUUCAGCUAGGAUGGAUGUAAAAAGUUUGUAGUCAUUAAGAAGACUAUAAUAUAUUGUAAGAGUUAAGUCCUGCCCUUCCUUGAGCAUCAGAGCAAUGUUGGCUUCUUUCCAUGAAUCAAGCAUAGACUGCCCUUGUAAAAUAGAAUUCAUUAAAUCUUUCAUUGAAAAUAAUAAUUGAUCUUCAAACAUUUUAUAAAACCCACUCAGUAAACCAUUUGGUCCUGGUGUUUUAUCGAUCUUAGCUGUUUAAAUUGCUUCUGUUAUUUCAAAGGUUGUUACUGGACUGUUCAUAAUUUUCUUUUGUUCUUCCAAUAAUUUGGGUAAAUUUUGUACAUAAUCAUUUAUUUGUUCCAAUGAAACUUCUUGCUGCUCCUAUAAAUUAAGUCCCAAAAAGUCUUUGGAUAUUUUUAUUAUCCAUGUGAGUUUUAUUUCCUUCACAGAUUUUAGUUAUUUUCUUUUCAGUUUGUUUUCUUAAUUUGUACAGCCACCUCCCUGGUUUAUUUGCAUGUUUAAAAAAAUCUGCUUUGUAUAUUUCAAUUUCUUUUUCAUGUCUGGGAUUGUUAACAUAGAAAUUUGUUGUUGCAAUAAUUUUAAUUGAUUAAAUAUGUUUUGGUCUUCCAAUGAUUUUUGAUUUUUUUCCCCCUUCACUUUAAUCUCAUCUAAAACUUUUUGGAUUUUUCCAGUUGAUUUCUUCUUAAUCCGUGUAUCAUAUUGUAUCAAAUCACAGUUUUAUAGGCUUCCCAAACUGUAGUCAAGUUGGGUUCCUUGAUUAUUAAAUAAUCUUGAAAUAUUUUUUUACAUUCUUUGACAAUUUGUGGUCUUUGCAAGAUGGAUUCAUUUAACCUCCACUUAAAAGACUGCAAUCUGCAUUUAAAAUGCACUGUCACUGGAUGUGAUGUGAAAAAGAUUUUGGAAGAAUGUCUGUUUCAAUUACCUUAUGAGCAGUGGUGGGAUUCAAGCAAUUUAACAACUGGUUCUCUGCCCUAAUGAUUUCUUCCAACAACCAGUUUGCCAAACUGCUCAGAAAGUUAACAACCGGUUCUCCCGAAGUGAUGCGAACUGGCUGAAUCCCACCACUGCUUAUGAGCCAAAUUUCUGGUAAUCCAUAUCAUGUCAAAGAUUUGUCUUUCUGGAAAAAAAGGUAUAGUCUUUUGCGAGUCCAUUUUUGUACCUCCAUACAUUAAGUAUACCUAGAGAGUCUGUCGACUCAAAAAAAUAUUUGGGGUAGUUUUCCUUGCGUUACUUUUAUCUCUUUAAGGACAAAUAUGUCCAAUUAUAGGGAUGCUACCCCAUUCCAAUCUCCAAAAAUGCACCAAUUUUGUAAGAAAAAGAAAAUAACUGUUUAGAAUAAAUGUUCAAAAAAUUUAGCCUUUUCUUGAUGUGGGUUAUAUACACCAAUAACAAUGAAUUUUAUUCCUUGUAGUUCAUUUUGAACAAUUACAUAUCUUGGCCUUGGCCAUCAGCUAGUAAUAGUUGUAGUUGUAAUUGAGGAAUUAUGUAUAAAACUACAACAUUAAUCAUCUUUUUGUGAUUGGCAGAAAUAUAUUCCAAACCCAAUGUUUUGUUGUCUAAAUACUUUUUGCCUAUCACUUUUCUUGCAAAGAUAUUAUAUCUUGAUUCAAUUUUUUUCUAAAUAAUGGAUAGGGAUGCGGGUUUUUUUGCUUUUUUCUGGGGAAUUUUUCCCCUUUACAUUUUAAGUUACAUUCCAUCCUAUUUAUAACAACAAAUUUUCUAAUGUUCCAACUAUGGUUCCUAUCUCCGUGGCAUGUCCUGAACCUAUUGUAUCUGACUUCUUUUGCCAUUGUCCUUCUGUGGUUCUUUCAAAAAUUGGUCUUCAGAAUUUGGAUCUUUUGAAAAAUGUUGUAGAUCCAUAUCUCUCCACAAAAUGGUGUGCUUUGUGCUGUAGAAUUUAGUCUAACAUGUUGGUUUUGAAAAGUUAAGAUAACUCCUUCUAGUUUAUCCCAUCGAAAGACAGUGUUAUUUCUGCUGUAAGAGAUUUGCCAAGAUUUUCUAAGAAUUGUAAUUAGAAUUUCUCUCAGCGGUGACACCUCAUUUGUGAGUCUCUGUUCACAAUGUUUCUGCGACGCUUGUUCUUUAGUAUAUGUUCUCACAAAUUGGAUCAAAAGAUUCUCUUGGCAAUUGGCUUCUAAUUGCACAUAAUGAUAUACGUUUUCUCAACUUCUCUAGGAAAAUCCAAAGUAUCAUUUUUCAUCCAUUUUGUAAUUAAUCUUAUAAUUAUAUCUUUGAUAUUAAUACCUUUUUUUCACACUUUCUGGCAAGCCCCUAAUUCUCAAAUAAAACUUUCUCCUUCCAAUCCAUUAACAGUAAGUUAAUUGCUCCCAUUUGUAUAUCUGACUUUUCUGCUCUUAUAUGAAUAUUCUUAACUUCCUUUUUCAGUUGGUUUAACUCUGUUGCAAAUUCUUCCAACUUUUGAUCCAAUUUUCCUUUAGGCUUUUAGCCAUUGAAUCAAAUUUAUCAGACAAUAUACUAGUCAAUUCUUGACAAAUUAAUGCAGUCAUCUCCUUUUUUUUUUUUUGUAAAUUUGUAAAUUUGUUUGUAAAUUCAAGAGCAUUUUCUGCUCAAAAUUCUUCAUAAAAAGUUGAACAAUAAAGUCCUCUGAUUCUC